CAUGCUCGUAGUACUAUGGAAGAGAGCAUGUGCAAGAGCAGCAGAUUAUCAGAUUAUACUGAGAGGGUUGCCCUUCAUCAAUGCACAGGGCAUGACCGGAGGAAUGAUCUGGCCUGUGCAGGAAGAGGCACUGUGGACUGCCACACACCUCUAUACCCAUUCACAGCUUCGGCUUUCAGAAAACAGUGGACGUACCUGGGCUGGCAUGCCCUGCCAUGGAACCCUGCCCCCUCAAACUCUGGACCCAGAAAUGAAUGCCCAGUUUCUGGUGUGCACCCUGAAGCCAUCCUCUGGUGUGACUCCAACCUAAAAGGAACUCCCAUGCCCCUCUCCAUCAACAAGGUGGGUGCCGAUGACAAUGCCGGCUCACCACAGUCUCUGGAUGAUGGGAAAACUCUGGUGGAUUCAUUGAUGAAGGUGGUGGCGUGCUACCGGCAGCUGUCCUCCUGCGUGGGAGGCUGCACGGACAGCGUGGACCUGCGCCACCAGCUACGGCGGACGCGGGAGCGGGCCCAGGAGCUGGCCACAGCUAACCGCCAGUGCCUGACGACCCGUCUGCGGGACAAACGCCUGCCCGAGGAAGAGCGGCGAGAAGCCGAGCUCCUAUGGGUGGCCUUCUCCUCCUGCCUGGAGCUCCUCCAUGCUGACAUGUGCAAGGUCUUCAACAUUGGGCAGAGCUUCUCCCUAUCGGACAAGGUCAAAACCUUCGUGCAGACUGGGAUUCAAGGUGAAACCUCUGAGAUGACUGCUCGGGCCCUCAGCCUGAGAGACCUGAACCACAACGAGGCCCCGUCUAGCGUGGAGCGGCUGGAGCAGGGUGAUCUGGAGGCGGAGAUCGCUCAGGUUGACCAGAUGAUUGAGGACAUGGAGCAGAAGGUGAACGUCCUCCGCUGGACGGUGGAGGCCAGCGGGCCGCAGUAUGCCGACCCUCUCAGCGCUGACAGCGCCUCCUUGGCCUUGCUGUCCAGUGACGAAGAGGACCCGGGCCGCUGUUGCGACCGCAGCCAAGUGUUCGCGGUGUCCCUGCUGUGCGGUACAGCCGUCGCAGCCGCCCUUAUGUCUGUGCUGUCCGUGUGCGCUGUUUACAUGAUGUGAGAACCCUCCGCACUUGGAGGCCUCUGAUCUGAAUGUCAUUUCGGGGGCUACUGUGCCAGCCUAUGAUUUAAACUGGCAGCUUUACAUGCAUUUAUUUACCUCAGCUGUGGCUCUAUGUACAUUUUGAAAGGGACAAAAAUUUCUCAGUUUUGAUGUAAGAAAGCUGUUCUUAUUGUGAGGUCAUAUGAUAAAAUAUAAUUGAUAUAAUAUCAUUUCUCUCACAUAUUUUUGCAGCCUGUAUGUAGAUUAAUGUCAACAGAAGCCAUCCAGAUUAGGAAAUAACAUUUUAUAAAAGCACUCCAGUUGGCAUCAACUGCAUCUAAUAAGGAAUGUAGAUGCAAACAAUAGGGUCAUGUUUUAAAGUGCAUACUUGGAUGCAAUCUUUUUAACCUUUAUUUAUACAGAGAAAUUACAUUGAGACACUGUGGAUCUCUUUUUUAAUGGAACCAUGAUUAAGAAUCUUGAUCAAGACCCUGGUUACCUACAAUACAGCGCAUAUAAAUACAGAAGAUUAUGGCUGAAGUAAAACAUAAGUAUGAAUCAAUAUUCUUCUAUGUGUUCUGAAAAGUUUAGGAGGAAACUCAUACAUUAGCAUACACUGACGAACAUGUAAUUGUCAUUCCCAGGAGUCUUUGGUACUUGAUGCUACUUGGAACCAGUGUUGCCAGAUUGUGCGGAUUCCCGUCCAAUUGGGUUACGUUUUUAUGUCAUUGUGCGGGGAAAUUUUUUGGGUGGGUUCACCGUUUUCAAAUCUGGCAACACUGUUUGGAAGGGAGGCUUUAUUUGGAAUACAUCAGAAACUUUGAUCAGUUUUCAUUAAUAUAUAGGUACUGCGCAAAUAUUAUGUUAGCAUAGCAGUGUUCCAAAAGUAAAGGAUUCUGAUAGUUCCAUAAUGCUGUGUGGUACAUUCUCUCAGCAUGGUUUAUAUCCUAAGGAGGUGAGGUCAAUGUAAUUAAUUAAUGGUAAUGAGAGAUUAUCUUCAUUCCAUGUUAAAGGAUUUCCUUCCAAUAGUGUCAGCCCUUUCAAGGUGACAAUGCCACCAUCUAGGGAACACAAGUAACUGCCCAGUGGGUGACCGGUAGCCAGUGAAGUGACCUCAGCAGGGGAGUGACAUAUAAGAACUUAGAUUCCUAUUCUAUUUAGUUAUCUGGACUCAUGGUACCAAUUAUUUAAGAAUUCAGCUGACUCUUAGCAAAACUACUGAACAGAAUCACAAACGCAUACGUUGUGACUAAGUUUCAGUGGUGCCAAGAACUAAUCUAAACAAAGUUCUGGUUUUGUCUCCCUCUGGUGGGGGUUAGGGUUAGGGUUAGGGUAAAAUAUGGCUAACAUCAAUUUAAUCUCUGUGGUUCUUCACCUGCACCUGAACAGUCAGAAGUAGAAGUAGUAUUUUCUAUUGAGUAAGUCUGGCUUGUCUACCCAACGGGAACCUUUCAAAAGUUUUAGAACAACAAAAUUAUUACAAUAUUGAUCAUUAUCAUUAAUCAUAUUUAUUUUCAUUUGUGGAGUAACUAAUUUCAAACUACAGUUGGUAUAGUAAUCUGAUCAUACACAGACACACAUAAAUGCAAUUUCUUAAGAGGAUAAAAUUGAACUAAUGUAAGAAAAACUUUAUCUUAAAAAGUAUUAUUGAGAGAGAGGAAGAAAAAAAUGCAAAUACACACACCCAGAGACGGGUGACAACUCAAAGGAAAAACCACAAUAAAGUGACUUGGUAAGGUGUUGGGUCACCACAAGCUACCAGAACAGCUUCAGUGUGCCUUGGCAUAGAUUCUACAAAUUUUUGGGACUCUUUUGGAAGGAGGAAACACCAUUCUUCCAAAAAAUAUUCCCUCAUUUGGUGUUUUGAUCAUAGUGGUGGAGAGCGCUGUCUAACACGUUGGUCCAAAAUCUCCCAUAGGUGUUCAACUGGAUUGAGAUCUGGUGACACUGAAGGCCAUAGCAUAUGAUUCACAUUAUUUUCAUACUCAUCAAACCAUUCAGUGACCCCUCGUGCCUGGUGAAUGGGGACACUGUCAUCCUGGAAGAGACCACACCCAUCAGGACAAAAUGUUUCAUCAUAGGAUAAAGGUGAUCACUCAGAAUAACUUCAUAUUGAUGGACCCAAACCAUGUCAGGAAAAUUCCCCCCACAGCAUAACAGAACCAUUCAAUAAUGAACCCUCUUUCAAAGUCACUUAUAUCUUUUCCUCUUACCAUCUUGAUCUAAAAUCAAGGUCAACUGGGCCUGCUCAGCAUUUUUAUUAAUGCCAAAGAGCAUGAUAGGAUGUCAGUUGCUUAAUUGUAUCAUGCAUUACAUCUGUAUGGAGUCAUCUGCAUUUGUUAUGUUUCUCCACUCAUUUAUUUUGGUUUUUGCUUUUUAUUAGUCACCUGUCUGUAUAAUAUCUGAGGAAAUUUAAUUUUUUUUUCUCUAUAUGAUUCCAGCUCACUGUUAGAAGCUUUUCAGAAUCAGGUACUCUAAGUAUGUUAUCAUCUAGAGUAUGUGCAUUGAUUUCCGUGCAUGCUCAUUAUUGCAAUGCACAGUACAAUUCCCCCAACCCUACACACAGAGUAUCAUGAGCAGUGCAGGACAGGGCUUUGUAAAGCAGUUGGUCAGCUACAUGGUAGAUGCCUUGGAAGGAACAGGUACUGAAUUAUCUCAGCCACUGAAAAUUCCUUUUUGAUGACUCACCAAUCACAAGAGGGCUGUGGGUUUUCCUGCAAGGCAGGACGAGUGGAUCUGUCCAGACUUAACCCCAACUCUGACAGCCUGUUUGCAUUCUGGACACACACACACACAUGCACACACACACACACACACACACAGACACACACACUAAUCUCAUUCAGAGUUAAGGUGAUCACAGAGGGCAAGGACAGACUCAUUAUGUUGAAAUUAAUCAGGCGAGGAUUAAUAGAUCACAUUUUCACACUCGCAACACCCAUUAAGAUGCCCAUUAAAAUCCUGUUAAAAUAGAUCCUAAAUGCGGACACUGUCCAUAACACAGGUUUUCUCAGAAAUGCGCAAGAAAUAUCUGAGGUACUGUGCGACGUUUGUGAGAAGACGCAGUUGAACACCGUUGCCUUUGUGAUAAGGGCUUUCAAUUCUACCCAGGACAGGACAUCCACUGCUGGAUUGCUCAGUUUGUUAAAACAGAUUCGCCAAAAGAGUCAAACCACUCGUUCCUUGAGUCAAACGGACCACCUCUGAUUUGUGAUCUCUCCAGUUGCCAUCUGAAAGUAUUACUCAUACCCGGCAGUUUUCCUAAGAAAAUGCCAGUGCAGUGGUACUGAGAAAUUCUGCAUAGGUACUGAAAUAGGCCUACUGUAUACAUGUGUUAAAUCUAGGGAGAUUAUUUUUAAUGGCACCAUACACAAUACAUAUAAAUUAUGAGCUCCUUGUGCAAUGGUUUAAGUCUCAUACAUUUUUCACUAGAGAAGUGAGUUUCAUUUUUAUUGUUUGAUCACCAAGGUAUAUACUUGUUUUAGUUGGUGAGCAUAAUGGCUCGCCUGUUUUAUAUUUGUAAUAAAUACAAUUGAUUUCCAUUUUAAA